AUGGCAUCUUCAAAUGAAGAAAACGCACCAGUAGUAGCGCCACCAGAAAGUUCACACAACCCAAGUGUCUGUGACACUGGAGGGAGUCCGCUGGAAUGGGAAGAUAUAGGACUCCCAUUGUCAACUACGAGCAAUGAAGCUGCUAAAAUGUAUGAUGCAAUAGUCACACAGUACAUGAGUGGGUUUUCUGACGACAGUGUUGGUGGAAUAGACGGUGCUAUCAGAAGAAUGACAGCCGCCGACCCCAAUUUUGUUUUUGGUCAAAUUAUAUCAAAUGGUCUCACAUUACUUGGCAGUACAACAUCCACAUGGAAUAACCCUGAACUAAAAAGCAAUAUUGAAAAAAUGGCUCAAAGCGCGAAUAAUGAUAUGAUAACAUGGAAAGAAAAGUUACACAUUAAGGCUGUUAAGUUGUAUUCGGAGGGGGACUUUACUGGGGCAAGUGAUACAUGGGAAAAUAUAUUGCUGCAGCAACCAACUGAUAUGUUGGCUUUUCGAUUCGCCAUCGACUGUUACUUCAAUCGAGGUGAAAUGGCACAGUACAGAGAUUGUGCUGCACGUCUAAUGCCCUUCUGGAAGUCAGGAAAAAUAUCACAAAGCAUGUAUGGGUACUUGAAGAGCUGGCAUGCUUUUGGAUUGGAAGAGACAAACUUCCUCGAUGAAGCGGAAAAAGAAUGUCAACAGUCAUUAGAACUGAAUUCCCGUGAUGGCGUUGCUAACCAUACACUAGCCCAUGUAAUGGAGAUGCAAUGCAGAUAUGAUGAAGGUAUACGUUAUCUUAAUGACACAGUUCAUAACAAUCAGGGUGAUUACGAAGCAGCUUUAAGUCUGUAUGAUGAAUAUCUUGGCUCUAAGAUAGACAGUGGGGCUAUGUUAGAUGUCACAGAUGCAGCCGCUUUCCUCCAACGAUUGGAAUAUGAAGGCGUCAAUGUCGGGUCAAGAUGGUUGAAAGUUUUUAAUUUUAUUAAAACUCACGUGGAAGAUCAAGCUCUGGUGUUCAAUGAUGUUCACUUCAUGAUCGCCGCAUUGGGAGCAAAACAACAAGGGAUUGCAAAUGAUUUAUUGGAAUCAAUACGGAAUUUUAUUAGGAGCACAAGUAAGGACCACACUGUUGCCAAAGCAUUCAAGAAAGCAGGAAUACCAAUUUGUGAAUCACUAAUUGCCUAUCACUGUGGUGAUUUUGCUAAGGUGGUGAACACGUUUAAUCCUGUGAGGUACAGUACACUACAAAUCACUGGAAGUGACGCACAGAGAGAUUUGUUUAACCUGAUGCUCAUUCAUUCCGCAUUGAAGUCACCGGAAAUGGAACAUCAACUACUUGCAAGGAGCCUUCUGUAUGAACGAGACGCGUUAAAACCUGGAUCGCCAAUGACUGCAAGGUUAUUGGAAAAAGCUACUGUCUCAAGUCUCGAAUAA